AUUGACCAGAAGCUAACACCGAUUCAAGUGCGAAUCUUUGAUCUUCCGGAGUAUAUAUUCGUGCAGACCAAGUUAAUAACAGCACAGUACGCCCGGGAGAAUGGGAUAGUCCCAACCCGCAUGAAGAGGCAAUGGACUCGGCCGAAUGCGGCUGGUGCCGCCCAGCCGCUCAGGAUCGAUCACCAACCACCCAUGCUCAGCUCACUGCUCAGCUACUCUGACAUGCAGCCAAACGAACCAAAGGAGACCAAAAACCCCGUCCGAGAGCGCUGCAUACAGACGGAGGAAAAGCUGACGUGUGAUGUGGGAGUGCAAUGCGACACAGACGAUUGGGAGGAGGAGCAAAUAGACAAAGACUGCAAAACAGCCCUGCCAAAUGAAGAGGAUGACGAGGAAACGAAAUUCAUCUCAUUCGUGGGUGAGAACACAUCGAUGAUGCGGAACGGAAUGAUGGAGUGCCUGAUCUGCGGCGAGGUAGCCCGAUCCCUGCAACAGCACAAGAGUCACAUUGUGAUGCACUAUGGGCCGCCAGUACUCUGCAGUUAUUGUGGCGAGCUCGUGAAACACGAGCGCCUGCUGCAAAGACAUAUUCUCACCUGCCCCUCACGCCCAUCGAAGAAGCCUUCCAUUUUCCUCAAGUGCCCAAAUAUGUUUUGCAAUAUAAUGACCAGAACGCUGCCACAGCUGUACAAACAUCUCGGCACACACGAAAAGCGACCCUGCUAUCGGUGUCUGCAGUGUCGUUUGCACUUCAGGACUGCCAUUUCAUUUCUUCUGCAUCGCAAGACAAAGCAGAGCUGCACCAGGGCAAAGGCGCUGUUUCUAUUCGACAAGCAAUCGGCAUUACAAAACAAGGGAGACCGCAAACGAUGCACCGUCUGCCUGAAGAAGUUUAGCAAUGAACGGCUGUGCGGCUUUCACAGGCUCAACUGCAUUCAGGCGCAUCACAGAAAAGUGACAAGGAAACUCUUCAAGCCCUCGAUGUUGGCCUAAACGAUAUUUAUUUAUGUAAAUUAAUAACAAUAAAUCGAAGCAGCACCUAUGACGCCUGCA